AUUCCUCUCCAUUCCUGCACUCCACUCUACUCUCAUCCAUCCUCUUUAUUAAGUGCCUAUUUCCGAUCAUCUAUCUCCCCCCCCCAAAAAAAAACGACAGAAGCUAUCAGCGAACCAGAAUAGCUCGACUGGGACGGCAAUCAACAUUCUUAUUACACGGAUACAAGGGAAUACUUGAAGUCGCCAUGAAUCUGUUCCGUCUCGUUGCAGAUCUGAUGCAUCUGGCAUCCAUUUUUAUCCUGCUGUUAAAGAUGCAGAAGACGCGUUCGGUUGCAGGCAUCUCAUUCAAGACGCAGGCGUUGUAUGCGGCCGUGUUCUUGACGCGGUAUACGGAUCUGGUGACGCAAUUCCUGUCACUGUACAACACAUCGAUGAAGAUCUUCUUCAUCUCCUCAUCGCUUUACAUUGUCUAUCUGAUGAAGUUCAAGUUCAAGGCGACGAACGAUCCCCGUCUGGAUACUUUCCAGGUCCAGUACAUCGUCGGAGGGGCCGCCCUCUUGUCAUUGAUCGCUAACUAUACCUUUACUUUCCAGGAGAUUCUGUGGACUUUCUCCGUCUACUUGGAGGCGGUCGCGAUCUUGCCACAGCUAUUCAUGCUGACAAAGACUGGCGAGGCUGAAGUGAUCACGACGCACUAUCUGUUUGCGCUGGGAGCGUACCGUGCACUGUACCUCGUCAACUGGAUCUACCGCUACUUCACGGAAGGCUAUGUGGACUGGAUUGUCUGGGUUGCAGGAACGAUCCAGACGGGUCUCUACUGCGAUUUCUUCUUUAUCUACUUCACAAAGGUACUGAAAGGCGCCAAGUUUGAGCUCCCUCAAUAAUCUGAUAAUGAGGACAAGUGGGCGGGGGUCUAGUUCGCUUUCAGACUGUGAGACUAUGGAAGCAAAUCCUUUCCCUUUCGUGUAUCGUAUCGAGAACUACGGCGCUGUGUAGACUGGGACACAGCAUAGGCAGCAACAUAAUUUUACAGGAUUAAGAAAAUAAAUAGUCUACCAAAUCGGAAAGACGAGUUCUUUGAAUCAGUUCUUGGGGACUCCAACGCAGGAGAUGGUAUCUGUCGUAGGGACAAAGCGACUGACGCGCCU